AUGUCGUUGCAGGGCGGCGACGUUUCCUCUCCUAAUCAGGAGGAACAGAAGCCAAGGCCCUCCUCGGCCGCCAGCUCGAGCCCAGAUACGGGCGGAGACGGGGACUCGUUCGAAGAUGCUGUAGACAAUGCAGAUACUACUGCAGAUACAGUUGAUGCAGGCUUCGUACGCUCAUUGACAAAGAGAUCCGUUUCCCUUUCGAAAAGGGCUUCGCGACGAGACGGAGAAGAUGAGGAGGAUGAGGGAGGCGAGAAAAGCGACAAGGACGAGGAAGACAAGGGGACUGCCAGUGAUGAAAUGGUGGACUCUGGCAAGGCGGAAGUAAAGCCAGUCCCGCGCAGGACGUCUUCACCGGUUUCGCGUCGCAUUUCCAACACAUCGAACCUCGAUAAUGUGAACCUGGAUGACGAGACACCUGCCAAGGCAGAAGCACCCCCAAUCCCACCCGAAAAGGACCAUGCCAGCAAGACCUUGUCUCUGAGCAGCAUUACCAAUGCUCUCCCAUCUAUGGCUUGGUCUCCUUCCGCCGAAUCACCCUCGAAGAGCCCAGGCCCUUCAUCCAAUGCAGUCGCCGCUCCUCCACCGCAACCGGCUCCAAGCCCUCCUACCCGGAAACGCUCGUCUCCAUUUUCCUGGUUUUCCACAAACAAGGAUACCUCUACGUCUCCACCGGCUCAGCCUUCUGGGAGAAGAAACACCGCAAGCUCCAUUGCUACCCUGACAAGCAACCCAGAAAUGAUGCUCAGUACGCUCACGGAGGAGAAUCAAGUUACGAAUGGCGUCAAUGGUAACCAUAGGAAGAGUCUCAAGGACAGGUUCAAAGUCCUGCGAAUGCGUGAGGAAGCUGGUAUACAGUUAAUUCCUGGCGAUGGUGACGGACAAGAGGAUGCGCUUGGGCUGGUCAGCACAGACGGUAAGACUGUGUCCGGUGACAAGAGCCCAGUGCCUCCAGUGCCGAGUCCCAACCACGAAUUGGCCCCUGGCACUGCAUCUGGAGUCAAUGCAGGGCCUUCAGCGAUGCAGGAAGCCCAAGUAGACUGGGAUCUUUGGCAGUCUGUCGUCUAUGAAGGUCCGGCCGCGGUAGCCCGAACCAGUCCCGAGGAGUUGAACAGGGCCAUUGCUACGGGCAUUCCCAACGCUAUUAGAGGAGUCAUCUGGCAAGUCCUUGCGCAGAGCAAAAAUGAACACCUUGAAACGCUGUACAAGGAUCUUCUCACCCAAGGUACCGACAAGGACAAGCAGAAUAUCCGCAGCACAGCUACUAGUCCCACUCCCAGUGCCAGUGGCAUCGUUGCCUACACGAAUAGUGACGGCGUGAAGUCGUCUGCAUCAUCUAUUCACUCGAAUAAGUCGGCUGGCAAUGGCAGCACGUCACCUAGGAGCGAGAAGAGCCAGGAGGCGAUUGCAAAGGCACAGGCUGCAUCAAUCGCGGAGAAGCAAAAGAAACAGAAAGAACGGGCAGCCAAAAUUCAGAUCCUCGAGAAAACUAUUCGACGUGACCUUGGGGCGAGAACGAGCUUUUCCAAGCAUGCCGCUGCUGCGGGGCUUCAAGAAGGUCUGUUUGGCGUCUGCAAAGCGUAUGCUCUCUACGACGAUGGUGUUGGAUACGCACAGGGCAUGAAUUUUUUGAUCAUGCCAUUGCUGUUCAAUAUGCCUGAGGACGAGGCAUUCUGUCUGCUCGUUCGUUUGAUGCACCAAUAUAAACUACGGGACUUGUUUAUCAAGGAUAUGCCGGGAUUGCACAUGCUUUGCUACCAAUUCGAGCGUUUGCUGGAAGAUUUGGAGCCAGCACUGUACUGUCACCUACAUCGCCGCGAUGUGUCCCCACAUCUUUAUGCUACGCAGUGGUUUCUCACCUUAUUCGCCUACCGCUUCCCGCUUCAGCUCGUUCUCCGUAUUUACGACUUGAUUCUGUCCGAAGGCCUGUCUGCUAUUCUGCGAUUCGGUAUCGUGUUGAUGCAAAAAAAUGCUAGCACGCUACUGGGAUUAUCCGACAUGCAACAACUUACAUCAUAUUUGAAGGACAGGCUUUUUGAUGUGUAUAUCGACAAGGAUCCCAGCCAGGGCAGUAUCCUCGAAAAUGGAUUCUUUGGGAGCUCCAGUUCCAGCAUAGACAAGGAGGUGUAUAGAGCGGACCAGCUUGUCCGAGAUGCAUGCGAAGUCAAGAUUACGCCUGAAAUAUUGAAGAUGUAUACCGCGGAAUGGGAGGAGAAAACUCAAGCUAGGAAGAAACAAGAAACAGAGUUGCAAGAUCUGAAGAUGGCUAAAGAGAACCUGACUGGCCAAGUGCGAAAGUUGGAAGAACGGAUUCAGGCUCAUGAUGCCGAGCAAAAAGAUCUCUGUAACAAGCUUGUUCAUUGCACGGUGGAGAGCGAUCAGUUGCGAGAGGAGCUGGAAACGCUACGGGCUGAGAACGAAGAGCUAGGGACCGAGAACGAAAGGCUGCGGAAAGAGAACGAAAGGCUGCGGAAAGAGAACGAAAGGCUACGGGAUGAAAACGACACGCUACCGGGUGAGAACGACAGGCUGCGGGACGAGAACGAGGGCCUCCAGGGUCAGGUUAAGGAAUUGAGGAAUGUGAUUCAGUUACAGCCUGAGGAGAUCGAGAGGAAGUGGAAAAUGGAGCGCAGCGAAAUGGUGAAGAAAAAUGCAGACGUCUACCAAGAAAACGUAGAUUUGCAGAAUGAAUUGCAUAGACUUGCAAAGGAGCUGGCGGAUUGCAAGCUGCGCUAUGCCCAGAUCAACGAUGAACACGAAAACCUGAAAACCAAAUGGACCGAUAUGGGUCGUCAAUUUCGGCAAGGCCCGGAAGGUCGCACAUAA